CUUGAGCUCAAGCACUCAGCUGCCCAGAGGGCCACCGCCUGAAGGCAGAUUUGCAGCAACACACGGACUCUGUGCUGUUGAAGGGGCUGCAAACUGACUGCCACCCUCAGGGCUUUUGGUUUCGCUGUGGGCUGGGAUGGGGGACACCGCCCUCAGUUUUCAGUAUAACUGUGUCUGUACGCAGAGGACCCGGGUUUUUGGAGGACACAGUGUAGAGUUUCUGCUUUUAAAUGUCUGCUUCUUAGCAAUUUUGUUCUCUUUCUUCAUGCUUUUACAUCUCUGACCUCCAGAACACACCACAUGGCUACUAAUUAUAACUUGACGUAUGUUUACAUGUAUCGCAGACCUACAUGUCACAGUACAUAUUCAGUUUUGUAAAUCUAUUUUUCCUAUUCUAAUUGCUUGGUUUUCCUCUCUCAAUAUAUCUUUUGCCCCUUUAUAUAAAAAAAAUUUUAGCCGUGUAACCCACCAGUGCCCCCCUAUGGGCACAUACCCAUGGUGUGGAAACCACUACCUUGUAAUUGAAUGUCUGUGAGCAUUAUUGACAAUAGCCAAGGUGUGGGAGCCUCCCUAGCCUGCAAUGACAGACCAGUGGGUAAAGAGGAUGUGGUAUGUGCUGCCAGCAGAGUAGCGCUCUGCUCUGACAAAACCCGUGCUUUUGCCACGUGUGUGAGCCUGGAAGAUACUGCACUUAGUGAAAUGAGCCAGCCACAGAAAGAAAAUAUAUUGCAUUAUCUCAUUUAUCUGUAAAAUUUCUCAGCUACAUAGAAAUAGAGAACACAGCAUUGACUGCUCAUAGGAGAGAUGAAGAUGUGUUGACCUGCAGAUAAAGUUCAGAUAUGUAGGAUGAGUGAAUCCAGAGAUCUAAUGGCACCAUGAGGACUAUGGGGUCCUGGAGUGAAAAUAUACUGGAUUAUUUCCUGAGAAACAAUCAGAUCACGACAGAAGAUGGUGCUGAGAUCAUCUGGUACCAUGCAGCCAACCACAAGUCCCAGAUGCAGGAGGCGUUGAAGAGUGCUGCCCACAUGAUAGAGGCUGAUGUCCUUCUUCCUAGUGAUGGAUCAGAGCAUGGCCAGCCAAUCAUGGCCCAUCCUCCUGAGACAAACAGUGAUAACACUCUGCAGGAGUGGCUGGCUGAGGUCGUGAAGAGCAACAAGGGCAUCAAGUUGGAUUUCAAGAGUCUGGCAGCUGCCAGAGCAUCCAUGCCGCUCCUGGACAUCGUGAAGCAGCGCCUGCAGUGUUCUGUGUGGAUGAAUGCGGACAUUCUUCCUGGGCCAAACGGAAGCAGCAAAGUGGUGGAUGCCAAUGCCUUUCUAGACACGGUGACAUCCUUCUUCCCAGAUGUGACGUUUUCCCUGGGUUGGACAACGGGAUGGCAUCCGGAGAAAGUCAAUGAAGGCUACAGUUGGACAAUGGUGAAAGAGAUGGACCACGUAUGCAGUGGACUAACCCAGCCUGUCACGUUUCCUGUCAGGGCAGCUUUGGUCAGGCAGUCCUGUUCCCAGUUACUCUGGCUGUUGAAGAGAUCCAACAGGUACAGCCUGACUGUUUGGACUGGAAAGAAUGACAGUUAUCCCACUGAAGAUUUACUUUACAUUCGAGACUACUUUAAUAAAACCCAAGUUUUCUAUGAUAUUUUGGAACCACAAAGCCAUGAAUUUAGACAAGCCAUUGGGAUCUGAGUCACUCUAGGAAUACAAGAAGACACUUUCUAGUUAUUUUCUCUCUCGGCUUCAUCAUCUUCCUCUGCUUUGUCUGAAUUCAUUGCUGUAUUAAUGUGAUUAUUGGUUUGUACUAAGUUAUCCAAUCAAGAAUGCUUGUUGUAUACUUACUCUUCCUUUACAAUGUCUUCAUGGCUGCACACAUCUGAAAGACUUUACCAACUGCAAUGAAGUUGUAUAAAAUUAUAGUGAAAAGGUUCAAGCUGGGUGUGGUAGCACAUGCUUGUAACCCUAGGGCUUGGGGGACUGAGGCAGGAAGAUCAAGAUGUCAAGGCCAGCCUGGGCUACAUUGUGAUUCCCUAUCUCAAAAACAAUUUUUUGUAACUUCUCUAUAAUAAUCAGAUGUUAAUUUUGUAAAAAUUGAAUUAAUAAAUUAACUCCUUUUUGAUGAAA